CCAUGCUGCGGUCUGAUUGGUGGCUCCGGUUGGGGGAAGCUCAGCUGUCAAUGUCAGGAUCCUGGAUCAGCUGUUAGCUGUCUAUCCUCAGCACAACAUCCUCUGAUAACACAUCAGUAACGCGAGUACCGGUUGAAGAAGCGCCUCCUAUGAGGAUUGAAGCCAGAGGCACAGCAGCGUCACACCGUUAUCAGGCAGCAUGAACUCGCUCCCAAGAAGAGCCGCUCUUUCCCUGUGCAGGCGCACGGCUGCAGCGGGCGGGAUGAGGGUCUUGGCCGGCUCCCCGGGGCACCCAGCCGGGAGCAUGCCGGCCUCCCUGCAGGCUGUGCGGGUCUGUCACUCCGGGACGAGCCGCAAGGGCAGCGUCAGCACCAAGAAGAGGGGCUACGACAUCACAAGAAACCCCCACCUCAAUAAGGGCAUGGCUUUCACCCUGGAGGAGCGCCUACAGCUGGGCAUCCACGGCCUGCUGCCACCCUGCUUCCUCUCCCAGGAUGUGCAGGUGCUGCGUGUCAUGAAGAGCUAUGAGACGCGCAUCAAUCCUCUGGACAAGUACAUCCUGCUGAUGACGCUGCAGGACAGGAACGAGAAGUUGUUUUACCGCUUGCUGACCUCUGACAUCGAAGAGUUCAUGCCCAUUGUGUACACUCCUACUGUCGGCCUGGCCUGCCAACAGUACGGACUCGCCUUCAGGAGACCACGAGGACUCUUCAUCACCAUCCAUGACAGAGGCCACAUCGCCACCAUGCUCAACUCCUGGCCUGAAGACAACAUAAAGGCCAUCGUAGUGACAGACGGGGAGCGCAUCCUCGGCCUGGGUGACCUGGGAAGCUACGGUAUGGGUAUUCCUGUCGGGAAGCUGGCGCUCUACACAGCCUGCGGCGGUGUUAAGCCACAGCAGUGUCUCCCUGUGCUGCUGGACGUCGGCACUGACAACCAGGCGCUACUCGAUGACCCCCUGUACAUCGGACUGAAGCACAAGAGAAUCAGAGGAAAGGAGUACGAUGAUCUGGUCGAGGAGUUCAUGCAGGCCGUGACAGACAAGUACGGGAUGAACUGUCUGAUACAGUUUGAGGAUUUCGCCAACAGCAACGCCUUUCGCAUCCUCCAUAAAUACAAGAAUCAAUACUGCACCUUCAACGACGACAUCCAGGGCACGGCCUCAGUAGCUGUUGCUGGAAUCCUAGCUGCUCUGAAGAUCACCAAGAACACACUCCUAGACCACACAGUUGUUUUCCAGGGUGCGGGCGAGGCUGCUCUGGGUAUCGCUCACCUGCUCAUGAUGGCCAUGGCCAAAGAGGGAGUAAGUAGAGAGGAAGCUGCAAAGAGGAUCUGGAUGGUGGACUCAAGAGGCCUCAUUGUGAAGGGACGAGGUCAUCUGAACCACGAGAAGGAGGAGUUCGCUCAUGAACAUCCACACAUAAAGACCCUGGAGGAGGUGGUGCAGACCCUCAAACCCACCGCCAUCAUCGGAGUCGCUGCUAUCGCAGGAGCAUUUACUGAGAAGAUCAUCAAAAACAUGGCGUCCUUCAACGAGAGGCCGAUCAUCUUUGCUCUGAGUAAUCCCACCAGCAAGGCGGAGUGCACAGCGGAGCAGUGCUACACGCUCACAGAGGGUCGGGGCAUCUUUGCCAGUGGAAGUCCGUUCGACAAGGUGACCCUGGCUGAUGGACGCACCUUCUACCCCGGCCAGGGAAACAACGCUUACGUCUUCCCUGGAGUCGCUCUGGGUGUCAUUGCCUGUGGAGUGCGCCACAUAUCUGACGACAUCUUCCUCACCACAGCCGAGGCGAUAGCGGACAUGGUGACAGAGGAGCACCUGGCCGAAGGAAGACUCUAUCCUCCUCUCAAAUCCAUAAGAGAGGUGUCCUUCAAGAUUGCAGUGAAGAUCGUCAACUAUGCAUACAAAAACAACAUCGCUUCACUGUACCCGGAGCCUCAAGACAAGGAGGCGUUUGUGCAGUCUCACAUCUACAGUCCAGAUUACGACGACUUCUCUCUGGACACCUACAGCUGGCCGCAGGAAGCCAUGGAAGUCCAGGACGUGUGAUCCCGACUCUGUGUCUUCCUCUCAGUAUGCUGCCAUGGUGUCGCAAACAGUUUCUGCAUUGCCUCCAUUCAGACAUGUUGCCAAUGAUUUACGCUGUUUAGCUCUUUUGUUUCUUUGUUUCUUUCCUUUAUUAAUGUCAUUAAGUCUCCGCCCCCUCUUACAGAUGGACAGUGGUCAUUAACGUAGAUGUCUCUGUGACAUCUUAAGUGUUGAAAUGAGCUGUUUCGUCUUUCAGUGCUGUACUUUGUUGUUUUAUCUGAAAAAUACUUCGCCGCACAAACAAACAGCAUAUCGUAUACCUCUGUAACGUCACAACUACACUCCUGUCACUAGAAUAUCCGCCUAAGAUGUUGUCGUGUUCAGCACUCACAGCAACUCAAAAUCUGUUUUUUGAGAUGACUCAGAGCUAAUGCAUAAAAUGAGAGCGCAGUGGCUCACAGUAACGCACAAUGCUUCCUCUUGUCUUGACACAAAUCAACAGAGGACUUAUUCUGAAGCUUGAAAAAAACAAAAAAAAAGAUAGAG